AUGCUUUUUGCGGUCUCUAACCUUGCGCCUUGCACCUCGCACUUUGACCUCAAACUCACACAACGCCAUCCUUCUCUUCGCGACCUUUUCUGCAUCGCUUUCCAAGUGGCUAUCCCCUUCCAUCAACGCGUCUGUGCCUGAACACUCUUGUGCUCCUUCUUUCUCUCUUUUUCGCUCCUCGACAUCGAUUUGUCGACAUUUCACCUUUUUUGUCACCUCUUAUUCUCCAUCUGUUUGCACGCGUCUCGUUGCAUACAGCACUUUCUCAUUCACCUCAGGGACACCAAGCCGAGUCUAAAUCUACAACAAUCGUCGACAGAGAUCUUCACCUAUAUCUCGACACCCGCUUCAUGCCUCCACAACCCGACAAAGGAAAAACGCCAGCAGCAGCCGCAGCCACCUCAACUACGACUACAACACCAGCACCCCACAAUCCGAUUGCAAAGGUCAUCUGGGAUGGAUCCAUACCCAUCCAGUUCACCUGGGAUAAGGCUGAGGCAGCGGCAGUAGGGUCCAAUGCAGUCGAGUCUUUCUUUUAUGAGGCAUCAAGGUGCUCCUACUUUUCACUCUUAACAAGCCAUGUCAGGAAGCACUUCGUGGACAUGGCCUUGCACUUUAUUGGGGACGACGCUGAAGUGUGGUACGACUAUGAAGGGACACCUUUGAAAUGGCACUAUCCAAUUGGACUUUUGUACGAUAUUCACGGACUCCAGGCAUCAUCAGGCCGAGGCAUGAAUGGAUCAUUGUUGCCUUGGAAGAUCACGGUUCAUUUCCAAAACUUUCCAGCAGACAAACUAAUCAAGAGCCAGGCCGUCGACAGCUGUCAGGACUAUUUCAUGUCCAUGAUCAAGGAGGCCGACUACUUGCGCAACGGGUCAACGAAAAAGGUCAUGAACAUGUCAAAGUCGGACCAGACGCAGCUGUGGGAUGGACUUUGGUCGAAUAAUUACGACCGGUUCUGGGGGAUGAACCACAAGUUGAUGUUAAACGACGGCGUCAUGGCAAGGAGUCUGCCUAUCAGGAUAUAUCUGCCCGAAAACUGCCCUGUCAUGCAGGAUCCCGUAUCGCCGGUAGACGAGAAUAGUCAACCUAGAACCCUGCGGCAGGUCCUUCACCACUCCUUACCAGAUCUCUUUCCGCUUGUGGAAACGGGGCCACCUGUAGCAGCAGCAAUGAUUCAUGGAAUUACACCUAGCUUAGACACAAGUGCCAUCUGGGUCUCACAAAAUAUGUCGUACCCAGACAACUUUUUGCAUCUGGUCAUUAUCAUAAAAUGAAGCAACGGCUUUCCAGCACGUAUAACGCAUGUUGCUGAACAAAUAAAGAGUAAACCGUAAUGAGAAACUUGUCAUAAAAAUGUCGCGGCGAAUAGGCAUUUGUAACAUUGCACAGCAAUUUGAGGCACAGGCAGAUGGGUUCGGAACAAGAAUCAAAGGAAUUAAACAUGCGGAUUCUAACCUCUCGUACUAUCAUCGCUGGCUUGGAGUUUACGGUAUCCAUAGAGUCCGAAGAAGUUCACCCUUGUUUUUCAAGACGCGGCUACAAGCGCCUCCCUUGAGUUUGAAUUCCGGAAAUAAGCUCUCGGUGAUUGCUCAAAAAAC